GCCCCCCCCACCACCUCCUGACGUCAUCUGGGUUUAUUAAGGGGCACCGCGCGGCCGCCAGCGUCACUCGAGCUCCGCGCGCGGCUUCGCAUGAGCAUCAGCAUCAGCAUCAGCAUCAGCAUCAGUCCGAUGAGCGGCCGGUGGAGGCGGGUUCGUCGCACAGAGUCGUUUUGGGAGGGAAAUCCGCGGAAACACACAGGUGUCCAUGUGAACACGGAGGGCGACCCGAGCAGGCGGCCCUGACCAUGAACGGCAGCCUGGACUCCAACGACUCGGCGUCGCCCUGGCCGGGAUCCGGCGACGCCAACCGCACCCUGGAGCCGUCUUCUCGGCCGCUGGACUUCCCCGUGAACCCCUGGCACAUCAUGCUGUGCAUGUCGGGCACGGCGAUCGCCUGCGAGAACGCCAUCGUCCUCGCCAUCAUAUUCUACACGCCGACGCUGAGGACGCCCAUGUUCGUCCUCAUCGGGAGCCUGGCCACGGCCGACCUGCUGGCGGGCAUGGGAUUAAUCCUCAAUUUCGUGUUCCAGUACUUGAUCUCGUCGGAGACCAUCAGCCUCAUCACGGUGGGCUUUCUGGUGGCCUCCUUCACGGCCUCCAUCAGCAGCCUCAUGGCCAUCACGGUGGACCGCUACUUCUCCCUCUACAACGCCCUGACGUACUUCUCCGAGAAGACCUUCUUCUACGUCCACGCGAUGCUCGUGCUCACCUGGGGCGUGUCCCUGUGCCUCGGGCUCCUGCCCGUCCUGGGGUGGAACUGCCUGGAGGAGCCGUCCUCCUGCAGCGUCGUGGAGCCCCUGACGCGGAACAACGUGACGGUGCUGGCCGUCUCCUUCUUCCUCGUCUUCGCCGUCAUGCUCGUCCUCUACUUCAAGAUCUGCCAGAUCGUGUGCCGCCACGCGCACCAGAUCGCGCUGCAGCAGCACUUCUUCAGCACGUCGCACCUGGUGGCCACCAAGAAGGGCGUCUCCACGCUGGCCAUCGUCCUGGGCACGUUCGGCGCCAGCUGGCUGCCCUUCGCCAUAUACUGCCUCGUGGGGGAGCGGCACCACCCGCGCGUCUACACGUACGCCACCCUGCUGCCCGCCACCUACAACUCCAUGAUCAACCCCAUCAUCUACGCCUUCAGGAACUCGGAGAUCCAAAGGUCUCUCUACGUGCUCUUCUGCGGCUGUUUCCAGACCAACGUGUCGUACCGCUCGAGGUCGCCCAGCGAGGUGUGACCCGUCGGCGGCCGUUUGUUCGAACCGCUCCCUUCCCCCUCCGAGUCCGGGGAGCGACCCCCGGAGCCCGCUGUCCGAAACUGUGAACAAAGCGCCCGGGACA